AUGGGUAGUGUUUCGAGUGUUUCCAAGAGCAAAAAGAUGCAUCCUAGUCCAUUUGAGCUCAUGUGGCGUGCAAAACGCGAACGAGCAACAUCGUUCACAUACGUUCCAGGCCAAGCAUCAGAUUUUUAUUUUUUCUGUCGUAACGGUAAAAUACACGAAGUACGUCAAGUACUUGAUGCUGAAGACUCACCGUCAAUCGAACAAUUGAAUGAAUUGCAACCGAACGGCAGUACAGCAUUGCACGCUGCCACAUACUACGAACAUCUAGAUAUUGUGAAACUUUUACUGGAUCGUAAUUGUCCUUGUACACAGCUGAAUCGCUUUGGUCGCACUGCCUAUGAAGAGGCGCGAAGUCCUGAAAUGAAACAAUUAUUUACACGACCAGAUCUUACAUGUCGUUUUCAUGAGUUAGAUGCUGCUCAUGCAAUUGCUGUCUAUUUGCCAGAAGAAAACGAUAGAGACUCAGCAGCACAUGAGACACAACAUUUUGUACAAGUGUUUCAAACAGAAGAAGAAAUUUUCCAAUAUGCUCUCAAUCAACAAACAACAGCAAUGUGGCUCAAAUUUUAUAACUGGUUCACGCAUACAUUUCGUGUAUUCAUUGAACGCGAAGAUUUUCACAUUGAUCAGUUCGAUCUAAUGAACCACGGCGAUUUUCAACAAUUUCUCAAAUCCAAUCUAUCUAAUCCAGUACAUUAUCAAUUCACAAUUAAAUUAAUUAAUGAGGCUCAAAGACGUAAUUCCAUCGAACCACUAAUUACGUUGUAUACUUGUGAAAAUGCCGGUUUCUAUCGUCCAUUAAACCAACAAUUGUCUCGUUCAACAACUGAUGCUGCAAAGAGUUCUCAUUUAUGUGAUCGAUUUAUUCUCGAGUUUUUUAUUUACCGUCAUGAACUCAAACAACGUGCAUUUACAGGUACUGUAUAUCGUGGUGCUACUUUGCCUGAAGCCGACUUGGCUGUCUAUGAACAGGCUUGGCUUAGUAAUCCGUCGGGUGCCCUCGGUCUCAAAGCAUUCACAUCGACCUCAACAGAUCCACUUGUUGCUUUGAGAUACGCAACUUUAAAUCCACCAGCUGCUGGUCAUAAGAAUGUUCUAUUUGUUUUUGAGAUACAGAAAAUAACACCAACUAUUUUCGGCAUCGAAGACAUAUCUCGAUAUAUUCAAGAGCAUGAAGUGCUCAUUCUACCGGGCAACUUAUUUAUUGUGACGAAUAUUCAAGAAGACCCAGGUCUCCAUGUUAUUACAAUUAAUUUACGCCAUUGGCAUGUACCAGUAAGCUUUUGGGAUAGAAUCAAGCAGACAUGUCAUGCAGGAAGAAAGAGUACGCUCGGAAAUACAACACAAUUGCACAAUAAGAACGCUAACUAG